AUGGUGGUGGUGCUGCUGCUGGCCAUCCUGUGGGCGGCGAGCGCCGCCGCGCGGCGUGAGCUUGCGGCGUGGAGCUCCGGUAUGAUUAGAGCCGAGGAUUGUGACAAGAAUCAUGGUAAGGGUGGUGGUGUUGGUGGUGGAGCCGGAGGAGGUGGCGGCGUUGGUGGUGGUGUCGGAGGCGGCAUCGGUGGUGGUGCAGGGGGUGGAGUCGGCGGUGGGUUGGGAGGGAUGGGUGGGGGAGGUGGCAUGGGCGGCGGCGGCGGGUUUGGAGGUGGAGGCAGUGUAGGCGGCGGCAUUGGCGGUGGCGCGGGGUUCGGAGGCGGAGAAAGCGCAGGUGCUGGUGGUGGAGGUGGUCUUGGUGAGCCGGUGCAGGGGGUGGUGUGGGCGGUGGUGCCGGACUUGGAGGAGGGGCCGGCACAGGAGGAGGUCUCGGUGGUGGCGCUGGGCUUGGAGGAGGAGCCGGCGGAGGAGGUGGUGGAGGGAUGGGCGGUGGCGGUGGAUUCGGAGGCGGAGGGGGUGUUGGUGGUGGCACCGGAGGCGGCAUCGGUGGCGGUGCGGGUGGAGGAGUUGGUUUUGGUGGCGGGAAGGGCGGCGGCGCCGGCGGAGGCAUCGGCGGUGGAGCUGGCGGUGGCACAGGAAUCGGCGGAGGAUCCGGCGGUGGUUUCGGAGGUGGAGGAGGAGCUGGUGGUGGCUUCGGAGGUGGCGCGGGAGGCGGUGGCGGCUUCGGUGUCGGAGCAGGAGCGGGCGGAGGCAUGGGCGGCGGGUUCGGAGCCGGUGGUGGCGCGGGCGGCGGAAUCGGUGCUGGUAGUGGCGCCGGACUUGGAGGAGGGGCCGGCGCUGGCGGAGGAGGAGGACUGGGCGUUGGCGGUGGAUUCGGAGGUGGAGGCGGUGCCGGCGGUGGAUUUGGUGGUGGCGCGGGCGGAGGAUUCGGUGCAGGAGGGGGCGCAGGUGUUGGUGGAGGUAUGGGUGGCGGCGCUGGAGGCGGGCUCGGCGCCGGAGCUGGCGCCGGCGUGCAUAAAGGUGGCGGGAAGCACCACGGCGGGAGCGGCGGCAUUGGCAGCGGAAGCAACCAGCGCGUUUCACCUCCACUGA